AUGUCGAUUGUAGGAAAGACGGACUGGCAGAAGCUGCCUGUCACUCUAGGAGAGCUUUGCAUUAACACCACUCUACGAUGCGGACAGUCUUUUAGAUGGCAAAAGAUCAACCAUGAGUGGACCUGCACUUUACAUGGAAGACUUCUUCGUUUGAAGCAGGAUUCUACCCAUUUGCACUACAAGGUCACCUUCCCAGCACCCAAACCCAAGACACCAGAGCCCAAAGACACAGAGUCUCUUCUACGGCACUACUUCAAUCUAGACACUGGGCUUGAAGCUCUCUAUAAGCAAUGGUCGGAGGUAGAUUCCAACUUCCGAAAGAGAGCACCGCAGUUCCAGGGUGUUCGCAUUCUUAGGCAAGAUGCUUGGGAAACCUUGAUAUGCUUCAUAUGCAGCAGUAACAACAACAUUGCACGUAUAUCACAAAUGGUGCAUAAGUUGUGCCUGCACUACGGUCCGUUGAUUGCAUAUAUGGGCGAUGAAGCAUUUCAUGACUUUCCAAGUCCUCAGGCACUGACCGGCGAUGGCGUAGAAGCCCAUCUAAGAGCUCUAGGGUUCGGAUACCGGGCCAAGUAUAUCGCCGAAACAGCCAAGAUUGUUGCCCAAGAGAAGCCCAGCAACUGGCUGGAGAGCCUUCGAAAUCCUGAACAGCCAGGUUUCAAUACGACACCCGUACCCAAAGAGCAACACGCAACCUACAAGGAGGCACAGGAACAGCUUCUCACAUUGAAGGGUGUUGGACCUAAAGUUGCCGAUUGUGUCUGCCUAAUGGGUCUUGGAUGGGGAGAGGCAGUCCCAGUUGAUACUCACGUUUGGCAAAUUGCUCAAAGAGACUACAAGUUCGGGAAGUCAAAAGCCAAAACACUCAACAAGGCUACGUACGACGCUGUUGGAGAUCACUUCCGGAAUCUGUGGGGAUCAUAUGCUGGCUGGGCUCAUUCAGUCCUCUUCACUGCUGACCUAAGGGAGUUUGCAGCCCAAGCUGCAAAGGAAGACGAACCUACCGUGGUCAAGAUAAGCUAUAGAACUUCUGAAGACGGCACCCGGAAAGAUGUCGAGAAGACAAUUACUAUAACAGACAGCGACACCGAGGUCAAAGAAGAAAAAAGCGAAGUUGUCGUCCCCAAGCUUGAGGAGAGAACUGAGGAGAGUAAGCAAUUGAGAAGAUCCAAGAGACAGCGUACUUCGUGA